AUGGCUCUGUGCUGUUCAGCGCGACGCUUCGAAUCCGGCGUUCCCUGCCAAGAGCGGGACACCAGUGAAAUUUACAAGGGAGUCUUUGACGUGCUGUCUAAGUUGGAGCGACGACGCGCCAAGCAGAAGAACACCACAGCUGCAGCUUCUGCACUCACGGCAGCAGAUGCGCAAGCCUUGACGAGCCGACUCCGGGACGUUGCAUGCGAUGCAGCGGUGAAAAUCGCGGAGCUCCAGGCUAAGAUUACCUGGAAGCUGCGCUACUUGCAUUGGAUUGCGCGUUCCGACGUGGCCUUGCCAUUUGCCUGGCCGUCGGACGCUUGGCUACAUAUCUUCAACGGGACUGACAGCACGGACCAGCGAAAGUCGGCAAAGGUGCUGAAGUAUGUCCACCUGUCUCUUAUCCUCGCGUAUACUGUCCGACAAGAAGCGAUGGUGGCACUUCAAAAAGCGGCGAUCGGCAGAGAUGGAGGCGCGGUAGACGUGGAGACGGACGAUCUUUUCGUCGUCAUAUCACCUGCUUAUGCCUUCUUUCACAAGGCCAUUGAGAAGGAAGGACAAGAUGGGGGACUCUGCGAAGUGCUGGACAGAGGUGUUCUGUCCGACUCCAGUCCCCUCGAAGCAUGUCCGAGUCCGAACUCCAUCGUGUUGAGGUUCUGCCCGAGUCCUCUGGACAAAGCUCUUGGAAAGACAGCUUACGAGGUGGUCAGAGGAGAGGCCCCGGCUCCUGGCGACUGCCAUGGCGACGAUUUUCACUGUCAGCAGGCGGCGGACAUGUUCUGUCCCUCGUGCCUGGACUCAGACCACUUGGAAGGCGAAUAUUGGUUUCCUGUUGACAUGAUGGCUGCCACCGUGAUGAAUGCAUUGGCUUCUGGAAUGAAAGCAUAUGCUGACCACAUGGAUGGCAUCUCCAAGAGCUGCAAGCACUUCUUUGAAAGCUUCGGGCCAAAAUUCCGUUGA